GCCUCUUAUUGUAUGGGACCGAUGAACAAGGACUGCUGGUACCUGUACACUCUGGACCGCUCGCUCCCCGCGUCUCGGCAUCUGCGCGCUCCGGACCAGACGCUGGAGGUGCUGAUGAGCGAUCUGGACCCGGCCGUCAUGAGCCUCUUCUUCCAGCACACCGGCGUUACGGCGCGGCACGUCACCCAGAUGAGCGGCAUCGCAGACCUCAUUCCCGGAUCCAUCAUCGAUGACGUUCUGUUUGACCCGUGCGGCUACUCCAUGAACGGACUCACGGACAACGGUGUCUACUGGACUAUCCACGUCACCCCCGAGGCUGGCUUCUCGUACGUGAGUUUUGAGACGAACGUCGCUCUGGACUGCUACGACGACCUCGUCGCUCACGUGACGCGAGUCUUCCAGCCCGGACGCUUCAUCACCACCCUCUUCUUUAACGAGACGUCUCCGUGCCGCAUGUCUGCCGGCUCGUCCCCGACCGUCGCCGGCUUUGAGCUGCUGACGCGUCAACUGGCCCAGUUCAGCCACAACCACUACAGCCUGCACUACUGCAGCUUCACACGCGCCGCCAACAACAACACCAACAACAACAACACCAACAACAACAACACCACAGCAGCAGCAGCAGUAGAAGCAGCAGCAACAGUAGUGGCAACAACAGCAGCAGCAGCAGCAGCAGCUACAGUAGAAGCAGCAGCAGCAACAACAGCAGCAGCAGCUACAGUAGAAGUAGCAGCAGUAGUAGCAUCAUUAUCAGCAACAACAGCAGCAGCAACAACAGCAGCAGCAACAACAGCAGCAGCAACAGCAGCAGCAGCAACAGCAGCAGCAGCAACAGUCGAAACAGCAGCAGCAACAACAGUAGCAGCAGCAGCAGCUACAGUCGAAGCAGCAGCAGCAACAGCAGCAGCAUCAUCAGCAGCAGCAGCAGUUGCAGCAGCAGCAACAACAGCAGCAGCAGCUACAGUAGAAGCAGCAGCAGCAACAGUAGCAUCAUCAUCAGCAACAACAGCAGUAGCAGCAGCAGCUACAGUUGCAACAACAACAACAGCCGUUGCAACAACAACACCAGUUGCAGCAACAACAACACCAGUUGCAGCAACAACAACAACCGAUGGCGUGGUCAACAACCCAAGCACCAGGGCUGGCGGUGGCAACAACUUUGACAAGGCCAACAACAACAACGACGAGACAACAACCAACAACAACCACCACCACCACCAGCUGCAGCUGCAGCCGUCGCUGACGCAGCAGGGCUAGCAACAGUUGUGCAGCAGCAACAACAACAACAACAGGAAUGGCAAGCGGGGCAACAACAAUCAGACAACAACAACAUCAACCAUCAGACUACAACAACCAUAAGACUACAACAACCAUAAGACUACAACAACAACAACCAUCAGACUACAACAACGCUAACUGUGACGACAGCAACAAUAUCAUCAUCACCAUCGUCACCAUCACCAUCAUGGUCAUCAUCACCAUCAUCAUCACCAUCAUCAUCAUCACCAUCAUCACCAUCAUCACCAUCAUCACCAUCGUCAUCAUCAUCACCAUCAUCACCAUCGUCAUCACCAUCACCAUCGUCAUCACCACCAUCAUCACCAUCAUCACCAUCGUCAUCACCAUCAUCACCGUCACCACCAUCACCAUCAUCACCGUCACCACCAUCAUCACCACCAUCAUCACCAUCGUCAUCACCAUCACCAUCAUCACCACCAUCACCAUCGUCAUCACCAUCACCAUCAUCACCAUCAUCAUCAUCGUCAUCACCAUCAUCGUCAUCACCAUCAUCGUCAUCACCAUCAUCGUCAUCACCAUCAUCGUCAUCACCAUCAUCGUCAUCACCAUCAUCGUCAUCACCAUCAUCAUGGUGGUGGUGUAAGUCUUUGAGGAUUUCACUGCUCUCUAUAGAAAUAUAGAUUGUGUUGCAACAACAACAACAACACCAUCAACAUUGUCAAGAUCACUGUAACAACAUCAUCAUCACUAUUACCACCAUCACUGUAACAUCAUCACCACCAUCACCACCAUCAUCACCAUCAUCACCAUCAUCAUGAUGAUCACCAGUAUCGGAUGAUGGUGGAGAUGGGUACGAGUCUUUACACUCCUACACACACACCUACACACACACCUACACACACAGCUACACACACACCUACGCACACAGCUAUACACACACCUACACACACAGCUACACACACACAGCUACACACACACAGCUACACACACACAGCUACACACACACCAACACACACCUUCACACACACCUACACACACACCUACACACACACCUACACACACACCUACACACACACCUACACACACACCUACACACACGCACACACAGCUAUACACACGCGCACACGUAUACACAACAACAACAACCGCCAUUCGCCACUAAGUGGCGGUGGCGUCACCACACGUAGACACACACACAGCUACACACACACACAGCUACACACACACUGAUACGCACACACACACUGACACGCACACACACACUGACACGCACACACACUGACACGCACACACACACUGACACGCACACACACUGACACACACACACUGACACACCUACACACACUGACACACCUACACACACACACUGACACACCUACACACACACACUGACACACCUACACACACACACUGACACACUGACACACACACACUGACACACACACACACUGAGACACACCUACACACACUGAGACACACCUACACACACUGACACGCACACACACACUGACACGCACACACACACUGACACGCACACACACACUGACACCUGCACACACACUGACACCUGCA